AUGGCGGGGAAAGAUACCGCCGACAGGUUCUCUGUCCUCGAAGCAAUGGAGGAGGCGCUGCGACGUCGUCGGGUGACAGCGGCAGCAAUUGCUUCGGCUGUGCUGGUGCUGGUCGUCGGGCUGGCAGGAUUGUCCAUUGAUAAAGCGAUUUCUCUUGCCGAGCUUUCAUCUCUACCGCAACUUCAAGUCUCAACGACAGAUGGUCAGAGUCUCGCUGCAAGCAAGUCCAGACGCACUCAGACGUUGCCCAACUACAAGGUGCAGGGUGACAUUCAGAUCCCCGACGGCCUUGGAAACUCCAUCGGUCAGGGUUCGAUGAAUGUGGUCGACGAUGACACGAGCCCCCUCUCUAUCGGGCGUGUCGAGGUUCGAACGGUUCCAGCUGCCCCAACAGUAGCACCGAAAGUCAUUCGGUACGGGGACGUGCAAGUCCAACCUGCCGGCUGCCCGAACUGUCCUGUGCUGGACACUGAGGCUGUUGGUCUGCAAAAGGAGAAGAUAGAGGAGAAUCAGAAACGCCUCGACGACUUGGAGUUGGAGUACGAGCAGAACAAGCAGAAGCUCAUCAAGAUGAUCGAUGACAUGAAGAUCCUCAAGACUGUGAUGCAUUCUGCUGUCUUUGACAUGAAAGAAGCGGUCAGGAGACUUGAUCUUGAUAUAGAGAGCAAGAUGGUAGCGCAAGAGAACUCUACAGGUCCAGAGGGAGAUCAAGGCCCUCCAGGGUACCCGGGAGAGGAUGGAGUGGACGGAGAGCCAGGAGAGCCCGGGCUGCCGGGAGCCGAAGGGCCUCCGGGGCCCCCAGGAGCUGCUGGGAAACAAGGUUUGCAAGGACUUCAGGGACCACAGGGUCCACCGGGACCACAAGGCAGGGAGGGGCCGGAAGGUCCGGUUGGCUUGGUAGGAGCACGGGGAGAGAGUGGGGAUCAAGGGCCAUCGUCAGUGGAGCUGAGGUGCUCAAGGAUAGGAGGACAAGCUUACAAGGGGAUCUGCUUCAAGUCAGUGAUCCUGGAGAAGAACAAGGACAAAGAGCCCGAGGACUGCAAGGUCUGGGUACCUAAGAACGUUUGGAACGAGGGAGACUGGUGGAACCUGGUAAAACUCUUCAUGCGCAAGGAAACAACCAGCCGCAUCAACAGAAACAGCGUCGAUGGCGGAAGGUAG